AUGGCGUCAUCACCUCGCGACGUGCGGCCUGCAAGGCAAGCGACAUACGUCAAUAGACGUGCAUCAAAGCAAGCAUGGUGUUGUGUAAGUGGACAGCGCAAAGUAAAAUCCUUUAGCUUUGGCUGUUGUGAUGCACACAGCACCCACAUCAAUACAGAUGGUGCCUUUGUUCCUUCGCGCGAUCGCACAGCGAAGGCCCCUACGCUCGCAACGGACACGGAAGCCCGCCAGCAGUAUCAGGCCAGGCCCCUCCUUCCCACGGCCAUCUCACGACCAGGCAUGCUUCAUCACAUCUGCUCGCAAGCUGGUGCUCUUGUAGCCCUCACGGCCCGAGAGCCUUUACUGUCGCCUGAUGCUCAUUUACACACGUCACAGGCACAACACGCAGCUGUGACACAGGGCACACGCACAACACCAGCUUGCAUGCGCCUCUUGGUGGCGAUUUUACGCUUCGAGCCUACAGUGGCCAGUUGUACGGCACUACGGUGCCGCUGGAUCUUCCGGCCACUCCGCGUUUGGCGCGGACGGAUCCGGCUGAAUACUCCUUCCGCACUGCGCCUCAACUGCACACGACGUACGUUUAUGCCGUCCGAAGAACGCCCUCAAGCCACCCAUGUCUCUUCCUUGUGCAGCCGUCAAGCCGAUCACCUUUGCACAACAUCUCACGAGGCAUGUUCCCCGUUGAUUUGUCUUUUUCUGCUUUGGUGCAAUAGACUGACAGAAACGCUGCAUGACGAUAAGCAUCACCUGCAGCAGCUGCAUUUGGCGGCCCUUCACACAAGGGCUCAGCAGCUGACUGGUCGUCAGGCUGCCUCAGGUUUCUCCCGUAAUGUGGACACAGCGCGGUUGCAUCCUCAGAACCGCAACGCCAAUGGCGAGCUCAAUACCACCUACCGCGAAGAGGCAAACUUUGCCUCGAUGGCAGCAGUAGCUAUGCGGGCCGCUGCGUUGCAGCGAGGUGCUGCCUUCGGCCUGCAGCGUUGCCAGCCAGUCCUGGUUCGACACACCACGCCAUUGCUCUGCGCUUUUUACCGUGAUCGCCUGCAGUUUAAGACGCUGAUUCAACCAUGCAUCAACGAUGACCUGCGGCUUGCCGAAUUGAUGCUCUGGUUCCGGGAGCGAGGCCACAUGGUUGCCGAGCUCGACCCCCUCUUGCGCCUCAAACGCGGCGUCUUCCGCACCGAACGUUCCCAGGGCGAGCCCGAACGCGACUCGUUUGAUGUCGAAAGCCUGCUAGGCUGGGUCGAGUUGCCCGGAAAAAAAGAUCAGGUGAACCAAAAAUGGACGCUGCCAGAGCUCUUUGAGCACCUGGCCGAUUCCUACUCUGGCACCCUGUGUGCUCAGGAGGGUCUUCAGUCCCGCUACCAUGUUGGUGACGUCAAGUACCAUUUGGGCCAGGAAGCCACCUUUGCUUUCAAUCGGGUGGAUCGGAAACGCGUUAAUCCCCAGAAUGAUUACGAUCCGGGCCAAGUGGAAUACGUCAACCUUCGCCUGUUCCCAAACCCAUCGCACCUGGAAGCCAUCGCCCCCGUUAUUGAGGGCUACACACACGCCCAGCAGGAUAUCAUUCGAGACGAUCGUCGGCGCAAGGUCAUGUCAAUCCUAGUUCACGGCGAUGCAGCCUUCAGCGGGUUGGGCAGCGUGUACGAAACCAUGCAGCUUUCUCAGCUCGAGGCCUUCUCAACGGGAGGCACGAUUCAUGUCGUGAUCAACAAUCAAGUUGGCUACACCACCCCACCCGCUGAAGCCUUUUCCAGUGGCCAUGCCACAGACAUUGCCAAGGUGGCAAAGGCGCCAAUUUUCCAUGUCAAUGCUGAUGAUCCCGAGGCUGUGUGUGAGGCUUGCUUUCUGGCGGCCGAGUGGCGCAGCGAAUUUGCUUCCGAUGUGGUGGUGGACAUUGUUGGCUAUCGGCGCUUUGGACAUAAUGAGCAGGACGAUCCGCAUGCAACGCUGCCCCUGACCUACCAGCGCAUUGCCAAACACCCCCCCGUGCUGCAGCAAUACCUCGAUCACUGCAUGAAUGAGAAGGCGGUUACAAUGGCACAGAUGGAACGCUGGCAUCGUGGCAUCAAGCGACGCUUCGAUGAGGAUCAAGCUCGAGCAGCUACAGGCUUUUAUCUUCAAAAACCUCUGGAGUUUGCUCGUGACACGGUGGCCAAGAGUGGCAUCCUGUCCACCCGGCGGACAGCCCAAGAGUUGACGGGACUGCCCAUUGAGACAUUGCAGUUUGUGGGCCAAGCAGCCUGCGACCUCUCCGAAGCUGAGCUCAAGCUACACCCCAACAUUCAAAACAUGAUGCGCAAGCGGUUGAAAAUGGUUGAAAAUGCCAAUUCGCGUGUGGACUGGGCCAUGGCCGAAGCUCUUGCCAUCGGUACCCUCUCUCUUCAUCGAGACACAGGGCCAGCUGCCGAUAUUGAUCAAGAUGUCGAUCCCCGCAAAGCCGCCCUGAAGGGUCUGAACAAAGGCCAUCAUCAGAACUCAUCCCGCAUGUCGCUCGACCGGCGCAAAUGCCAUAGCUAUGUCCGCUUGGCCAACAUCUCACCAGGCGGGCAGGAUCCCGUGGAGAUUUGGAACACCCCGUUAAACGAAUUCGCCUGCCUUGGCUUUGAGUAUGGUGCUUCACUGUCAUAUGAGGGCCCGGAUCACAGCAGUGCGCGCAUGGAGCGGUUCUUGCAGAUGAUGAACGAUGACCCCGACUUUAUUCCGGUUCGCGUUAAGAUUGAAACCGUUACCAUCACUGGGGCACGAAUCAGCAUCAGUGGCACCGGGGCCAACUUUGCUUUAUCUAACUUUUUUGUGAUGCCGUUUAUGGUCAUUAGGGUCGGGAUCCGAACUCGCGCAGGCUCAUUGAACAGACAUUCGAAGCACUCGGGGACGACAAGGAAGCGUUCGGCCAACAUGUUUAUUCUCAAUUGCAGCACCCCGGCGCAAUACUUUCACGCGUUGCGGCGUCAGCUCAGCGCACCGCGCCUUGGCCGUCGCCCCAACAAGAGCGGUGAGGUCCAGCUGGAUGAGCCCUUUGCCUGGGAGGCACGCGAGUUUCUGCGCAAGAAACUGGUUGGCAAGCAGGUCACCUUCACCGUUGAUUACACCGUGCCCUCUGGUCGUGAGUACGGCACAAUCCUGCUCGAACCCGGAACAGUGCGCGAGGAGAACGUGAGCCACUCUCUUCUUGGUGCCGGUCUCGCCAAGCUCCGUGACAACGCCCGCGGUGAGGGCGAGGACUGGGAAACCAUGCUCACCCGCCAACGCGAGGCUCAAGAGGCCAAGCGUGGCGUUUGGGCAGACGAUGCUGCCAGCCACGUUCGCAAUGUUGAGUGGAACAUUGAGAACCCCCGCGCCCUCGUCGACUCGCUCAAGCAAAAGCCCGUCAAGGCUGUGAUCGAGCAAGUCCGCGACGGCUGCACCGUCCGCGUCAUGACGCUGCCCGACUUCAAGUAUCUUACCAUCAUGCUCACUGGCAUCAAGACCCCCGGCUUUAAGCGUAACGCUGAGGGUGGUGAAGUUCCCGAGCCUUUUGCGCUUGAGGCCAAGUUUUACGUGGAGUCGCGCCUUCUCCAGCGCGAGGUUGAGGUCAUCUUGGAGGGCGUGUCCAACAACAACUUCCUGGGUACCGUUCUCCACCCGCAGGGUGGCAACAUUAGCUUGCACCUGCUCAAGGACGGCUUUGCCUCGGUCGUUGACUGGUCCAUCGGCAACGUUACCCAGCAGCGUGACACCUACCGCGCCAACCAGAAGUUUGCCCAGCAGCGCCACUUGCGCCUGUGGAAGACCUGGACUCCUCCUGCCGUCUCAGCCAUUCCCGAGGCAGAGCGCGAGUUCAAGGCUACCGUGGAGGAGAUUAUCAACGCAGAGAGCCUUGUGAUCCGUACUCAAAAGGGCUCGCAGCGCAUUCACCUGGCCUCAGUCCGCAGCCCCCGCCCCCCCGCCAAGGGCGAGGGUGAGUCGCGCGGACGUGCCCCCCGCCUGUGGGAGAUUCCCCACGCAUACGAGGGUCGCGAAUUCCUGCGCAAGAAGCUUAUUGGCAAGAAGGUAGAUGUGCAUCUCGACUACAUCCAGCCCGCCAACAACGGCUACCCAGAGAAACACUGCUGCUCCGUCGUCGUGGACAAGGUCAAUGUCGGCGAGGCGCUGGUGAGCAAGGGCUAUGCCACUGUCCUGCGCUACAAGGCGGAUGACGAUCAACGCGCGAGCGGUUACGAUAACCUCAUGGCUGCCGAAACGCGUGCCAUCAAGAACAAGCGUGGCGUUCAUUCCACCGGUGAAGCGACGCCUCUUCGCAUCACUGAGGUGUCCAACAAGCAGUUGGCCGAUCGCUUCCUGCCAGGUCUGCAACGUGCUGGCCGCGCUACCGGCGUGGUUGAGCACGUGGUCGCCGGCUCGCGCCUGCGCGUGAUGGUCCCCAAGGACAAUUGCAUUGCAUCGGUCGUCCUUGCUGGUGUGUCGUGCCCCCGUACGGGCCGCGAUGGUGCCCCCGAUGAACCCUUCGCAAAGGAGGCCACGGAAUUCACUCGCAAGUUCUGCUUGCAACAUGACAUUGAGUUUGAGGUUGAGGACACGGACAAGGGUGGCAACAUGGCCAGCCACGUUUAUUGCAAGAACCUCAAUCUCAGCCAGGCCCUCCUCGAGCGCGGGUUGGCCAAGCUGCACCCCUCUGUGGACCGCUUCAAACAUGCGGCACAGUACAAGGCCGCAGAAACAGCUGCUCGUGACGCCCGCAAGGGUGUCUGGGCCAACUACGAUCCUGCAGCUGAGGCUGCUGCUGAGGCGGCGCGCAACUCGGCACCUGCACCCGAGGUGCAAGAGCGCAAGACCAACUACAAGCCCGUUGUGGUCACGGAGAUUGUGGACUCCAUCUCGAUGUACGUGCAGAACGAGGAUACCGCUAGUUUGGGUGACGUCAUGUCCAAGCUCAAGGCCUUGGACAUGGAGCCCCCGCAAAACUUCCCCAUCAAGAAGAAUCAAAUGAUUGCCGCCCAGUUCUCCCAAGACAUGGCUUGGUACCGCGCGCGUGUUCUGCAGGUGAACGGAGACGAUGUCGAGGUAGGUUUUCUUCUUCUCUCUGUGCUUGGGCGAGAUCGGAGAUCCGUGCAUGGACUGCUGCGUGCCGUGCUUCCUCGCUCACCAUCUUUGCCUGUCCCUCAGGUGCAAUACGUUGAUUUUGGUAACAGCGAGUCCGUCAGCAAGAAGGAUUGCGCGCCUUUGCCGGCUGGCUGCAAUGCCCUGGCUCCCCAGGCUCAGUUGGUGAAGCUGGCCUUCCUCAAGCCCGUGCCCGAAGACUGGCGCAACGAGUGCUGCCAGGUGCUCCGUGAUCUUGUGCUGAACAAGAAGGUUCUCUGCAACACUGAAUACACCGAGGAGGGUGUGCCUUGCGUCACUCUGAAGGAUGGUCAGAGCGAUGCCGAUUUGACCACCGAGCUUGUGACGGCUGGCUACGGCAUUGUCGCGCCCCGUCGCGAGCCCGCCUUCCGUUCCAUCAUUCAAACGCUGAUGACGCAGAUGAACGCUGCCAAGAGCUCGCGUGCUGCCAUCUGGGUUUACGGUGACAUCACAGAAGAUGAGCCUUUUUAA